UCUCAUUAAGGUGUGGCAGUAGGCCCGUUCUUUAACCCCGAGAUAAGGACGGGAGGGAGCCUUGUAUGUGCACGACCAGCUCCAACGUGACCCCUCAUCCAGCUUGCACGACCACAGCCCUCUCUUGCCUUUCCCUCCUCCUCUCCCGCAUCACUCAACUGCCAUCGUCGGCUCAUCUGCCUAGGCACAUAUUGUCACACUGCACUUGCCUAGCCGGCCCCCUAGACCCGGACAGAUGCCUCAAGACACACGUCCCGCUGACUGAGCUGUUUGCCCAUGCCCCUGAGGCUGGCUGACUGCUCCCACGGCAACUGCGGUACGAGCACAACACGCAGUCGGUCGGGUCGUCCUCCCAAGCAGCCGGCCAUCCUGGCCAACGCCUUGGCCACACUUGCUGCCUCUCCUUGCCUUGCUCCCGCCGUACCAUUCGAGAUUCGAGAUUCGAGAUUCGAGAUUCGAGAUUCGCUGUUUGAUCUUUGACCCUUGAUGUCCUUGCCAGCAGCCUGCACAUUACACUUCAGGUAUCGCUCUGCAUAUCAACGUCACAAAGGCUGCGUGAACAACCAACGGUCCUGCCGUCCCCCUCCGGAAAUCACACCGUAUCUCCUGCCUGGACGCACUUCACAUAAUAUGACCCUUGCCAUAAACUCCACGCCAUGUUAACCACCGCAUCCCAAUUCGGCCCUCGAGCCAGGUGUCUGCGGACCACCCAUGCCACCGCAAGUGCAGCUGCAACUGUGCAUCGCGUGCUUGGUGCCUCCGGCGCCAUCGCCCUGCCGCAGUACCAGCAAACCCGCGGCUUUCGCUUCGGCUCGUGGUUCACCCAAUUAGACUCGGAAAUUCAGGACAAAAUAAGGCGGCGGCAAGAACAGAUCUUCAAGCAGAAAUAUCUCGGCCGACGCCAGCACAAUUCGGACGAUUACCAGGUGGCGAAUGACGCCCAGCGAGCCGUCAAGCGCGUGAUGGCUAGCUAUUGGCUUUCCCAUGAUCCACGCCCAUGCGCCGCACCCGAGGAUGCUGUGUCCAGCAAGCAACACACAUCCGAUAACAAGGAUGGAGUGCGCCCAGGCCAGAACAUUGAAGAUGUGGAGCGAGGAGCCAUUGAGCAUCUUAUAUUCGGCAAAGAUGAAGAGGAUCCAGCGCGUGGGCUCAAGACGAAGCGGAAGCGAGGUGGCAAGAAGAACAAGCAAAUUCGCCCUUUCUCUGGUUUAGCUGAGGAGCAAGACGACUUCUUCAUUGACCCAGUCACCAACCGGAAGGUUGCGAAGCAUCCCGUUCCGAGUAGUCCUGAUGUCGGGGUGGACAUACCCGUCAAGACCUUCAAAGACCGCGGAAUUCAAUAUUCAACCAGACACUUCGGACUUGGAUUUUACAAUGAGAUACCCCUGAAUGACCUAUACAAACCAAGCCAGGUCGAGGCCGAUCCCAACGCAGAAAACCCAGGAGGAUCGUCUGGUCAUUCUAGAAAACCAGUUGGCGAUGGUGUCCAAAGUUUGAAACCCGAAUUCGACGACUUACAUAAGUACAAGCCUGUGUUGGACAAAGGACAGGUCUCGUCCGAGGCACCGCAGCAACCGUACGCCGCCGUGGACAAAUACGAGUCAGUGGAAAACAAGGAGCCCAUCCAGUUCCAGGACUUGAACCCCCCGUACCAAGACCUUGAAAAGUACAAUGAAGCAGUGGUCGACGAAAUUGUGGCUCGUUUCGAGAGUGACAAGGCCCCAUACUCGGAUCUGCACGGAUACAGCCAAGAUUUCGUCUCAGAAAACGCAUUAGAUCAAGGCGCUGGGUACAACGACCUCGGCAAGCUCAGACCAGCUUUCUCUGUCGACUCUGCUGCCAAGCGAACAGAAGUCUUGCCAGCGGAGGAUGGCUUGGAUAAUCACAUACCACCAGGGGCCGAAGAGCCUCACGAGAAACCUCUUGGCCCCCAAAUCUCUAUGACCGGACCAUCUUGGACGUCGGUGAAUCGUCAGCAAAAGGUCGAGCAUCUGGGGCCCGGCGAUUUUGACACAUCCACUAUCGAGAAGCUGCGGGAAAAGUAUGGGACAGCAAAGCUGCGAAAGUACACGGUCGUGGGGAAUGCCGAGCCGAAGAGGGGCUCUUCAUCGUCUGCAGCAGAGCCAGUUGCGGAAUUGAAGACCUUGAGGCAACAGCUUGAAGAGCUGGAAAAUCACAAGCAUGUGUAUCAUAACGAGCCAGAUGAGCGAGUCGCCGAAGAUCUCACAAUGAGAUACAAUCCCAGGGAACUUGCCAAGUAUAACCCAGACUACUGGAACGAAUCAGAUGGGAAGCCUUUACCUGGUAUGGACGAGCGAGUAGCCGAGGGCCUUUUGAAAAGAUACAUGCCUGAAGAGCUUGAAGGUUACGAGAGACCAGUGCAACGGAACGAGCCUGAUGGGCAGCCUUCAGCAGCAGACACAGCCGACGAUUCGGGCACUGAGGUGCCGAGAAGGACUUGCGAGAGCCAGCAGCUUGAAAACAAUUCCGAAGAAACCCAUCGCAGACAGAUGCUGGAAUCACAGAUGAAGGAAGACCAGGCAGCCUCGGAUGUGACAGACCAUGAGGCAAGUCUGGCCGUCAAGUCUGCAAAGGCCAGAGCGGCGAAGGCCGAGUCGUCGCGCCAGCUCACUGGCAAUUAUGUCCGAGACUUCCCUGAAGAAUUUGAAAAGUCCUGGACGGAGACGCUGUCGACGGCCCCGAGUGAGACGGCUCAGCGAGAUUACGAGUUUUUGUUCGAAAGUCAGAACAUGGACGGCGGACUCGAGGGUGCUUUUGGACGGCCAUCACCAGCUAAGAUCCAGCCCGCACUCGACAGGCAGUCUGAUGGACAGCAACGAAAGACUACCCCAGGUAUUGCAAGUGAGCACGGCGACAUCAACUCUGCUCGGGAGGUAAAGACCAUGGUUGCCAAUUCUACCAGCGGAACAGCGCCCUCCCCAACCCCGGCCAACAAGGGAAUGGAACCAACAAUCUCAGACACCAUCCAUCGUGAAACGACAAACGAGCCUACCUUGUACAAGAUCCUAGCCUAUGAUCCAACUAUGCAGAAGAUCGAAAUCGCUGAGACGUCCUCGUUCGUUCCCGACACUGCGUCUGCCUUGACACCAGCUGAUGCCCUACUCCGCCUAUCCCACCCUACGAGAUUCUUCCCCCACUUUGGGCCUUUGCAGGCUGAAGGCUACGAGAUCAUCUCCGGGUCAGGCGAUGUACUUGUUUUCCGCAAAGUACGUUCAGAGGUCAGCAAGGGCAUACCGGCCGUGCAAACUCCGGCGCCUGAACAAUCGGUCUCAGCGACAGAUGAGUCUGCAGCGGUCGAGACACGCAUCAACCCAAUCGACAUGACGGGGAUGCCGCGGUUCUCUCCUGCCAGUGCCAAUUUUGCUUCACCUACAGGCUAUGUGAAUUACGAGAACAUACCAGAGACUGCAGCUAGCAAACUGCCGCCACCUCCUCCGAGGAUCAAGUACAACAUCGAUGUCCACCGCGAGGAGCCCGUUUUCAGUGGACCAAAAGCAAGAAUCAACGAUAAGAGGACCAAGAAGACAGGCCUCGGCAAGAGGCUAAUUGUGGGUGGUGUCUGGGUUGCCGGUAUCAGUUACGCGCUCGGUGUCAUCUCAGAAUACUUCACAACCGGUGGUAUUGAUGGAAUGGGACCAACAGGACUCUAAGAACUCGUUUGGAUGGCGCCUUCAGUAGUAUGGUAGGGAUCACGAUUUGGAUCUUUCGAUGGUGGAGAAUUGCUUGUAAAGAUAUUGUAGGACAAGUGGCAGACGUGAUGGAAGGGAUGGCACUGUACAAGGUACAUUAUGAUUGCGGACUCCCCACUCUGAAUAUUUCGAGUCCAUGGAUUUUGGUCGGCGUUCAGGAUGGCAGACACGACUCGGCAGAUACUCCCACAGCGUAAACACUCUCCUUUCAAUAUUAGCGCCACAUCCUUGAUGGCAUAGUUUUGUUUCCUAAUGCUAACAUUCUUCUAUGAUAUGUGCCAUUUUGUGUCACUUGAUGCCAUUCUUCAUGCACCUAACCUGGCCGUACAAGCCACGACUCCGACUCACAGGCAAACCCACUGCUCAAGACGCAACAGUCCCGCACCCGCUCAUUGAAUCAUUCUGAGGUCCCAAAAAUACAGGAAAACAAAUGCAGACCGACGAGCCCCAAAGCACUGCCCUCGGGGGAAACCAACACCCCUCCCUUGGUUAUCUCAUCCCCAGACCGUCGAUCCUAGGCCUAGGCAUGGUCCUUUUCCAAGGUGCCGCUGGAGGACAUCAUCUGGCGCUUGUACUCCUCGUGGUCGAAGCUGGCAGUGCGCUGGAUCGGGGGUUUCCACUCCGAGGUCGAGGUGCGGCGGCGGGCCUCCUCUGCGGCACGCUCGGUGGUGGGCGAGGUCGGGCCCGUCAGGCGCGCGGCGAGGUCUGCGUCCGCUCCGCCGAAGGAGGAGGUAUCUGUGUUGAUCCUUGCUUGUUGCUGCUGACUGGCGGCCAUUUUGGAGAGGUCUCUGAGGAUGUGUCUGGUUGUGGUGGUGGGGGGGUUGUUGCCGCGGCGAGCCGAGGAGGGUUCUUGGUGACGAUGUGCUUGUUUGGGUGUAAGUGGAUCUUGCUUGGUGAGACUCGGGUUGGUGGUUAAGGGCCUGUGCAGAAAUAAGUACACAACUGGUGAUGGGUUAAAAUAGGUCGAUUAGAGGAUCGAGAGUCUGAUUAGAGAUGAGAAAGCGAGGGAAUCCGUCAAAUAAGGCGAGGAGGGGCCAGGAAACUUAUCGCCCGUGGGUCGAUCACGACCUCAUAUCGCAGUACUAGCACCCUUCUCCCCGGCAAUGGACUGGUGCCACAGGCGGACAUCCCUCCCCAAUGGUCCCUUGGUGCAGCACAAGUGGGAAGCUUUUGUCCCUGUUGCAGCUGGGCCAUUGGUCAAUCGGGAUCGUACGCUGCGGGGUAGCUCCUGCACUGCAGCCCUCGUCGGCGGCAGCUUGACAUUGACGUGACGCCAGUGAGCUGAUCGGCGCGGCAGCCGCAGCGUCUCAUUCUUUCAAGUGUUGCAUUUGGGCUACGU